ACCUGCGUUUCUACGAAUAUAUUAAGUACCUUUCCGCGGUAGGACAACAACAACAAGGAGAUUAACUUUCAACUAUUCGAUUCCAAGAAUCGCGUACAUGUACGUACCUAGAGUUUUACGACGUAAUUAAAACUUCGACAUCAAAUAUCUGCAAAACAAACCUAUAAUAAUUUAAGUGCCAAUAAAGAAGAGUGCCAAUCGUACAUUCGGGUUGUUUUGCAAUAACAACGUCCAGCUCCGGUUCCCUUUCAGAUAUCCGCCUCCUGGGCUCUACCGUGUACAUUUUUUUAUACAUAUAGAUUUUAUAUAAAUAUAAGAUAGAGUCUAUAGCAAAUUAGGAUUUAGUACAGAGUCUGCACCACGCAGUCACUAACUUCUCGGGCAGAUGCUUUUCGCUCUGUCCUCAAAUUUAUCUAAUUUCUUUAUAAAUGUUUAAUUAUUAUUAUUUUGUCUUAACAAUAAAGUACUAUAAAUAACUUAUACAACUUGUCUCUCUCCAACCUUCUCUCCUACAUUAACCAUCAACGUCGACGAACUCAAAAUAUAAGCGAGCAGUGAGGGAUCACUACACGUCUUUUGGUGUCAGGUGUGGGGUCACCUGAAGGAAGAAUUUUGGUAUCCAACCCAGAAUCGAGUACAUCAGCGGACCUCGAGUUCAACUACGUUGCUGAAACCUAGGAAGGAAGGAACGACCGAGCCAAGCCACCAACUACACUCAACAUAGCCAAGCGGAGCAUCAACGACGAGCCAGCAGAGCCGCCAGCACGCAGAGCAGACAGGACCAGACAAAAAUCGCAAUGAAUUCUACAUUUAAAAUACCCGAGUACGCGACAGUAGAUUUCGAAUUUUGCAGCUACAACCGAGACCACUUAAUAUUAAUAUCGGGCGCCAUCAUGGGGCGAUACCAGCCAGGUAUCAUUACAAAAUUAGAGGGGCGCGCAUUACACUUACAGGAAAAUCGAGCCGUAACCGAUCAAGAGUGGAAACACCUAGUGAAACACUUGCAAUAUAUAUUUAAAGACAAACUUAACUUACUAUAUCCAGUACUUGCCCAACUUUAUGAUUCUGACCACACUGUUUCACCAAAUCUUACGCAACCACGAAUUAAGCAACAGCUAGACAAAUAUGACGCAAUAUUAACCUGGGAGGGUAGCACAGAUAAACAAAUCCUCCAGCUGCUUGACAUAACCAAACCCAUUUUUUCACUACGUGGGUGGGAUCUCCAUAUGGACGGAAAUUUUGUUUUACUAAUAACCGAUUAUGGGGACAAUCAACCCAUAGCUUCCAUUCCGAUAGGAAAAUACAGAAAAAACGGGCGAUCGCUUAAACUCAACGAGGCACAUACCCUUAUGUGUAGCGAUCUUUAUUUUCACGGGGGGCUUGAAGCUCAUGACCCCCGAGCCGAUGUCCAAUGGACAAGGUGCCUGUUUUUGCAAAUAUAUAAAAAACAUAGGGAUAUCAUUAACGAAGCGGUGUGGGCGAAACAAGAAAAGAAAAGGAAUAUUCUUCCCGCACCAAUAUGAUUUAUAGUAUACAAUUAGUAUUAAGAUUUUAUUAUCAAUUUAUUUAUGAGGGUUACGGGAUAUUUUUGUAUUAAUUACAAUAUUAUUUUAUUAUCAAUUUUUUUUUUAUAUUUUUAUCAUUUAUAGUAAUUCUUAUUAGAACACGUUAAAGACGUUAAAGUAUCAUUACCUGGGGGCACCGAUUUACCAACUGAUUUAGACAUACAAAAUAUUUACGAAUUGAUAAAGCUCUCAGACAUUACUAUAUACUAUGCAAAUGACAACUUAGUGUUUAUAAUUUCUUUACCUUUAAUUUAUCAAAAUGAUUUUAGUUUGUAUAAUUUAAUACCUGUGCCAGUGUGCACCGGAAACGAUUGUUUUUAUAUAAAACCUAGUAAUAAGUAUCUAGCUAUAAGUAAAACGAAAGAACACUAUGCUCUUUAUGACGAAUUGUAUUACACACAUGGUAAACACGCUAGAGACUUCCUUUUGUGUCCUGAGGGUAAUCCUUUACAUCCACGUGCUAGUAGACCAGCAUGCGAAGUACAAUUACUCCAAGAUCCUAUAAAAGUUCCAACAAACUGCGAAAUCAUGCACGUACAAAUGGGUACAUCCAUCUUUCACAAAAAACGAUUCAAAAACGAGUGGAUCUACGUCACUAACUACGAUUUAGUAUUCAUCACCUGCGACGAAGAUAAAGAAUCCACCAGCCAUACACUAAAAGGUGUAGGUAUCUUAAAACUAAACGAAACUUGUAAAGGGUACGCCGCUAGAGACGUACUCUUACCAGGAAAAGUCGAUUACAAAUCAGAAUAUAUGGAUUUCAACCCAAAAUCAGCUUUAGAACCCAUAAGGGAUAUGCCGUUCACCGACAACGACAACUUAAUGGAAAACUACCAUGUUAAAACAAAUAACAUGGAGGACCUACAUAAAGUGUCAGGUUCGAACAAGCAAUUAGAAAAACAACAAAAAGUCGACAAUAAAAUCAACGAGCUACAAGACACACAGGAACGUAACGAUUAUAUACUAUAUGUAAUAACAAGUAGUAUUUUUAUGGCAGUAAUCAUAUUAAUAAUAAAUAUGGUUAAAACAAAAACAGUAACAAACCACACGGAAGUAGCACAGUCACAGGAAGAAACAGAGGAACUUAAUGCAAACCCAGUGAUGUCAUUAAGAGGAGUCGACAUGGUCGAGUUUCCACUCGCGCCAAGAAACAGCCCUACCGGCUACCCAACACUGCGAACAUUCUUGAAUUAGUGGAAGUCGGGGACUUCCAUCUUCGAGGGGAGGAAUGUAGUAAACCUGCGUUUCUACGAAUAUAUUAAGUACCUUUCCGCGGUAGGACAACAACAACAAGGAGAUUAACUUUCAACUAUUCGAUUCCAAGAAUCGCGUACAUGUACGUACCUAGAGUUUUACGACGUAAUUAAAACUUCGACAUCAAAUAUCUGCAAAACAAACCUAUAAUAAUUUAAGUGCCAAUAAAGAAGAGUGCCAAUCGUACAUUCGGGUUGUUUUGCAAUAAC